ACCUCUCAUCACAUCUAUACUCUUGAACGAUACUGUCUAUACACAUAAAAUGUCUUCAAAACACCUUUCUCGUCUUCUUCUGCGCCCGACCAGACCAGUCGUCGCCUGUGGAGCUGGAGCUGGACCCUUGCGGAGCCCCGCGUGGAGUCGACAUCACUCAACCAAGCACCCGAAAGGAUUCGUGCCGCCGACAGAUGAGGAUUUGCUCCAGUUACGCGAGAGCGUGCAAGAAUUCACUCGUCGAGAAAUACCCGAAGAGGUUGCUGCGCGCACGGAUCAACAGAAUGAUUUUCCGGCUGAGAUGUGGAAGAAGCUUGGAGAGGCUGGCUUCCUAGGCGUGACUGCAGAUGAGGAAUACGGUGGUCUCGGAAUGGGUUAUCAGGCGCAUUGUACCGUCCUGGAAGAAAUCAGCAGAGCUUCAGGAAGUAUUGGUCUCUCCUACGCCGCACACUCACAACUAUGCGUCAAUCAACUCUCACUAAACGCCAAUGCCGAACAAAAAGCAAAAUAUCUUCCUGGGCUCAUUUCCGGAGACAAAAUCGGCGCUUUAGCCAUGUCUGAGCAUUCAGCUGGCUCAGACGUGGUUAGCAUGAAGACCACUGCCAAAGCUGUGGAUGGCGGAUGGUUGCUCAACGGGACAAAGAUGUGGAUUACAAACGGCCCGGAUGCAGAUUAUAUAGUAGUCUACGCCAAAACCGAACCCGAAAAAGCGUCCAAGGGAAUUUCUGCAUUUAUUGUAGAAAAAACACCCAAGGGCUUCUCAUGUGCACGCAAACUAGACAAACUUGGUAUGCGCGGCUCGAAUACAGGCGAACUCGUCUUUGAGGAUGUAUUCAUCCCCAAAGAGAAUCUGCUCGGUGAACUCAAUCGAGGUGUAAAAGUGCUCAUGGAAGGAUUGGAUUUGGAGCGGCUCGUUUUGAGUGCUGGGCCACUUGGAAUCAUGCAAGCAGCCCUCGACCUCGUGUUACCAUACACCCACAUAAGGAAACAAUUCAACACCCCCAUUGCACACAACCAAUUAAUCCAAGGAAAACUAGCAGACAUGUACACCAAACUCGCCGCCUCGCGAGCCUACACCUACGCAACCGCAAAAUCAAUCGAUGAGUCUAGCGCAGCACCAUCAGGAACCCUAAUCAGAACACAGGACUGUGCAGGCGCGAUUUUGUAUGCGGCAGAACGCGCGACGGAGUGCGCACUAGAUGCUAUUCAGUUGAUGGGUGGGAAUGGGUAUAUUAAUGAGAUUGCGGCGGGGAGGCUGUUGAGGGAUGCAAAGUUGUAUGAGAUUGGGGCUGGGACGAGUGAGAUUCGGAGGAUGGUAAUUGGCAGGGCUUUUAAUAAGGAGUAUGCUUAAAUCAGUCUGGGUGUAUAUAGAGAUUCAGUCCAUCUCAAUAACUUAAAGACCAAACUUCGGCUAAGCAGCCGUAUCAUGUUACGCAAUAUCCAGUUGGUUAG